AUGCAGAAUGCAAAGCCACUGCUACGGCAUGCGGGAGCCGAUUUACUGGUGUCGCCUGGCCGAAAAUCAGUUUUGGACGUAAGUUUUUAUGUUCAUGGAAGUGAAAGAGGCUGCUACUGUGAUCCUGUCGUUCAAGCCUGUAUUAUUGAAAGAGUAACAAGUCUGGGACCAGCAACCAAUAUUCUGAAUUAUGCUUAUUGCGCACCUAAGAGUUUCUGGUACUGCCCGCCAUAA